AUGCUUCUCUACUCUGUGCUCUCUGUUUGGGUUUGGCAGUGGCUGUCCUUUCAAAACGGUUGUGCCCUAGCUAUUCUAGCCCCUUCAGGCACCACCCCCAUCUCUUUGGUGAAUGAAACGUCUCUGUUGAGGGGUCUGAACUAUCCUCCACUUGAUUUCGCAGUCGAGUGGGUAGCUGGAGUCGGCAUAGCAGCUGGCUCCUAUCCGGAAAUGCUGGGAUGGCGAAUCAUAGCGGACUAUUUGUCAGGAGCUCUUCUCCAGCCGUGGGGCGAACCCAUCAGGUCUCGGAUCAUUCGCAGAGAAGGUUUGGAGCUGUAUGUGAGCGGAUAUCCCACAGGCGGAAUGAUUAAUGUUGACCACGUCGCUUGGGGAUUUGACCUAGCAUUUAGCGAGAUGGAGAAUGCGGAACGAUUUGAUUAUGGGCGCUAUUACUUCUUGCUGGAUGAUACUCGUCGUGGUUUCUUGGAGUUUCGUGAGGCAACGCCUCAUCAGACUGAAGACUAUGAAGGGAAGGUCAUUUAUGAAGCGUCUUCAGACUAUCCUAAGAAGUCGUUGCAAAUAGAAGCAUUCCGAUACAGCGACAUUGAGCACCCAGAAUUUCAUCAAGUCAAUGCGCGGGCAUUUCUUGCAGGGCUACUCAGACAGAUGAUCUUCUCUGCAGAGAUAGGUAUUGCUUUGCCCAAUUGGCUCCACCAAAGAAUGGCCAGCUUUAGCCUUGACGGGGCCCUAUUUACCUUCGGCAAUGAUGCUCGCCAUCCCGAGUCAGAAUGGGCAUCCUUCAAGAAUGAUGUCUGGGUGCGGGUUCUUAGUCACAUGUUGACCGUUCCUUUUGAAGUUGACCCUCCGAGAUUUUAUCCUAUAAUGACCUUCAUGUCUAUUAGGCGCCGGGAUGUCUGGAUUCCAGUCAUCCAAUGCAGUGUCUGCUCAGAAGAUCAGCCAGCACAGAAUUUCAGUUUUAAUAGCAUGUUGAGAAGACGAAAUACGGUUUGA